AUGACAAAGACACCAUCCGAGAUGAAAUCAGAAGAAAAUUCGUUGUACGUAUCCAUGUCAGCCAAGCCACCAUCCGAAAUGAAGUUAGAAGAAGAUCCAGCAGUGGAAUGGAAAUUCUUUCUACAGAAAUUCAAAAUUUUCAUUCAAGCUACAAAAGCAGAUAGUGAAUCCGAAGAAUAUAAAGCCGCCUUGCUGUUGAAUUGCAUCGAAAAAUUUGAGGCAUACUUCAUACCAAGUGUUAAUGUUACAUAUGAAAGGUACAUAUUUUUCACCAGAGAUAUGGAAGAAUCGGAAACUGUGGAUGAAUAUGUAACUCAGUUGAAACAAUUAAGUAAAAAUUGUGAAUUCGAAAAAUUAACAGAUUCUCUCAUAAAGGACAGAUUGGUCUUAGGCAUCAAAGAUAAAAACGUCAAGGACAGACUCUUGAGAACAAAAAAUCUGGACUUGAUAAAGGCGGUGGAAAUAUGUAAAUCUGCAGAGAUAACGAAUAAACAAUUGGAAAUUUUAUGUUCAAAUCCUGGUCCGAGCAUGAGGAAGAGAGAAGAUAAUCAAGAAUUAAUGGAAGUGAGACGAAAAAAUUUUCACAUGGGUAUGAAGAAGCAGGCGCCGAACACAAGGAGACAGAAUGAAGUAUCUAAUGGACAAGGACAACAACAUCCCAGGAGUCGUCAAAGAAAACAGAUAAGUUUCAAGUCAUUUAAUACUAAAGGAUAUGGCCGUCCAAUAAUUGGAAAAACCUCAAUAGAAGACUUGGAUAUUGCGAGAAUGGUAGCGGAAAUGAGUGACACCAAGAGGUAUAUGCUUGAUUUUCAUGAUGUUUUUGAUGGAAUUGGGUGUUUACCAAGUCAAUAUAGUAUUAAGGUAGAUGAAACUGUUAAACCUUGCAUCCAUGCAGCUAGACGCUUUCCCCAAGGGAUUUUGGUACCAGAAUCAUUGAGAAGAGAAAUGUUGAAUCUGAUCCAUUUAAGCCACAUGGGCAUUGUUAAGUGUAAUUUAAAAGCAAAAGAACUACUUUAUUGGCCAAAUAUGUUUCGUGACAUAGAAAAUGUAGUAUUAUCAUGUGACAUUUGUCAAAAGUAUUCUAGAAAUAACUUCAAAGAGUCACUCAUACCGCAUCCCAUUCCCGAAUAUCCAUGGCAAAAAGUAGGUUGUGAUUUGUUUGAAAUUGAUGGCAAAAAAUAUAUGAUUGUUAUUGACUAUUUUUCAAAAUAUGUUGAAAUUUGUAAAUUGAAUUCUAUUUCUUCAGAAAUUGUUAUUAAAAAUUUGAAAUGUAUAUUUAGUAGAUUAGGCAUACCACAAAUAUUCAUGUCUGAUAAUGGUACACAAUUCUCCAGUUUUGAAUUUCAGAGUUUUGCAAAAAGUUGGCAAUUUGAAAAUAUAACUUCUAGUCCAAAUUAUCCACGCUCUAAUGGUAUGGUAGAGAGAGCCAUUCAAACUGUUAAGAAUAUAAUAAAGAAAAAUUCAGAAUCAGAUACAGAAUUAGAAUUAGCUUUAUUGGACUAUAGAAAUACUCCAAUAGAUGUAAGCAUACCUUCACCUAGUGAAUUGUUUUUUAAUAGGAAAACUAGGACAAUUUUACCUGUUAAAAAGGAAUUGUUAUAUCAUAGAAAUAUAAAUUUUAAGCGACAGAGAAAUCUCUUAGUGAAAAGACAAAACAAACAGAAGACAUAUCACGACAGGAUGUCAAAAACUUUAAGAAUUUUAAAUGAAAAUGAAAAAAUAUAUAUAAAAAUGAAUAAUAUUUGGGUAAAAGGAAUUGUAAUUAGGAGAAUUAACUUAAGAUCUUAUUUAGUUAAAAUAGCAAGUACCAAUUCUAUAAUUAGGAGAAACAGAUAUCAUAUAAAACCAUACUUUGUGAACAGUUAUAGAUAUAGAUCCGACAUUGAUAUUGAGGAUGAAGAAAAUGAAGUUAAUAAUACUUGUACUUCAAAUACUCAAGACAUAGAAAAUUCACGCAGAACUACUAUUUAUAAUUUAAGAUAUGGUAGGAAAAUAAGACAACCUAUUUAGGCAAUUAUUAUAAUGUAAAUUAUUAUAAUUUUAAUAUAAUUGAUAAUAUAGAUGUAAGAAAUUUAGAGAAAUUCUUAUAAUUCUAAAUUGAAUUUUAUUUUGUUGAAAAGGGAGAUGUAAUGUAUAUAACAGAUGUUUGUACAUAUUGUGAAUUCAGUAUUAAAUGAGACACCGAGCUA